CCAAAAUUCAAACGACUCAAAACCGACCACGAUCGGAGCCCCCCCGAUCGCCACCACCUCCGCCGCCACAAUUCCUUACUUACCCGACAGCGUCAUCGAACAAAUCCUCUCUUCCUUCCCUUCAAACUCGCCGCUUAGGCAACCGCCGUUUCGAAGCAGUGGGCGGCGCUGUUUCGACGAGGGCGACCCCUCCGAUUCCGACGACCCUGCCAAGUUCCAAAGAUUCCUCCGAUUCUUGGAGAAUUGCUUGAUACGGUGCCAGAAACAGAGGAGCUUAGAGAAGCUGACAUACUGUCUCGCCGGAGACGAUAAGGACAAGAUUGACAAGUGUGUGACGUUUGCAAUUGAGAGAUGUGUCAAAGAGUUAGAGCUCUGUUUCGUCGAAGCCGAAACUAGAGUUGGAGUUGAUGAUGAUCCUAUAACACUAGUGUCACUGAAAACCAUGUCCCUCAAAGAGGUUGAAUUCGAUGACGAAAUUGAUCUUGAGAUCUUAAUUCAUGGUUGCCCUCAUCUCGUGAUCUUGGCUACACGCCCCUGGAUCUUCACAUUUCGUGUUCGAGUCUUAAAUCAUUGGAAAUUAUGAACUGCCAUUCGUUGGAUUUUGUAGUUCAGUGUAUCAAUCUUGAGUCUUUUAUGUUCGUUUCCAAGUGUACCUGUGCCCUCCAUAAUGUGGAAAUGUGACAACCUGAAGCUUCUUUACGUGUUUAGUGUGGGGGGUUGAAAGAACUCCAUUUGCUUGGAUGCGAAGAGAGUAUGGAGAACGCAAUUUUCACUCCAAAUCUGGAGUAUAUUCUGUUUAGUGGUGUUGCGGAGGCCAAGGUCCAUUUUGUGGAAUCUCCACCGAGGUUGUUAGAGGCUACAGUCAGAAUUACGAAUUAUGGGUGGACCUUUGAAUGUUAUUCGUUUCUGAGAGAUUGUCUUGAAAGUUUCGAUUGCUCCAGAAAAGUGGAGAUAGAUAUUCGUGAUGCUGAGGGUCUCAUAAUACCAGAACAUUGCAGAAGGGAAGGGUCUCCACCAUUACCUAGUGUCAAGCAGCUGCAGCUAACCUUUGCUGUUCCGUUAGGGGACAGAGAUUAUUGGUUGGAUCCUUCCUUGGCUUGGAUAGCACCAUCUGCAGAGAUUAUUUGUUGGGGAUAAAGUGACUGUCAGACAUUUGUUUCAUUCAGAAUUUCUGCCAAGGGUAAACUACUCUACCAGUAGAGCUCAUUGAGAAAAUUGAUCAGUUGUAGCUAGCUGCUAUAUGUAUACUCUUGUGAUUCAUUAUUUAUUGAUCUUUACAAACAUUUUUAUCUUAUUCAAAAUAAGUAAUAAUGUAUUAUAAUGUAAGCAUUCAUGUGAAGUUAAACAAUCAACCGGCACCUUCUUCAUUCCUUGGGACUAGACCCUUAAUGAUAUGUACUGAUAAGGGAGAGUCCCUCAUUUACGCUGAUAUGGGUAAUGCAUCCUUGACCCAAAAAGCAAAAAUAAAGAAACAUGUGCGGUGAAUAUUGUGCAUUUAAGUUUCUCGAAGUUGAUAUGCCCUUCACGUUCAUGUCUCAAACUGUUGGAUGUUUAUGCAUUGCAAAGACCAGCCAUUUGAAAUUUAUGCUUUGAAUUUUUUUUUUUGGAAAAUUUGAAUCUCAAUCUUUUAUGUUUAAGAAUUUUCCCUGCUUGAGACUGUGACCUUGUGUGAAUGGUGGAAUGUCUGUAAGUAGAAACAUAUCAUCAACAUCCUUUGGUGAUGACCAGCUGAAAGACCAAAACAUUUUGGAGGCCUCCUCAAGUUUAUUCUGAUUUUUUUUUUUUUUUUUUUUUUGUGGUU